AUGUCGGAGGUCCGUUGGGAUAUCGGAGCAAAUCCGGAGUCUCCGAAUGUUCUGACUCAGGACCGAGCUUCCGGGAUGGGAGUGGCCAAGGUUCGGUGCGCUGCAACCAGACCGGAGCUGAGACAGUCAGGAGGGAAGGAAGGUGUGAUGUGGUGGGAGUGCGUGGGGUCAGGAUUCCGGGAUAUGACAGACACCCUGGAAUGCAUGGAUGCGGAUUACAAAUCCAUUGAUGCACUAAGUCAGAAGCUCAGCACAAUCAAACAUACUUUACGACGAUGGCGCACCAGGCUUCGCAAUUUCCUUCAACCCAUGGCUGCCCUUCCUAUGGAAGUUUUGCAACAAAUCUUCCUGUAUGCCAUUCAACCAAGAGAAUAUGUUGACUACAACUUCAAGUAUCUCCCUUCUCCUAUCACUCUUAGUGAAGUCUCCUCGACGUGGAGACAUGCGGCCCAAUCAUAUCCUCCAAUAUGGACUGUUGUUCAAUUGGAACCAUGUGACCACCGUUCCUAUGCACCUUAUGCCCGCUAUUCUGGAAGUCUCUCUUUAGAGCUUCAUCAGUGGAAACAAGCUUAUGAAUGCCCAAGGAUAGCCAGACUGGAAGACGCUGAUGUACAGGGCCAGAUAACUACAUUAUCUUUGCCACUCGAUCGGACUAUGCCCGGUUCGGUGGUUAUUUCUGGAAAGAUCAGGGAAUCCCAAACUAUAAGUCCAUAUGAGUCAGGUUACGGGGUUAACAGAAUGGUAGGCGAUAACCCAGAAAUGGAAAGGAGGGAUAGGCCCAAAGGUGGACUUUCAGGGCAAGUGAGUGUAUUGCCCAGCGGAGGCGGGAGUGCGCUAGCGGACGUCGGAGCUGUCCAGAGGCCUUUGGGGCUCUGUACUUAG